AUGCCACGAAAGAGGCCCUCACACAUAGCAAACCUUCAAGGUUCUUGCGCUGGUCAGAAACGACAAAAGCUCAGUGAGAAGAUGGAAAAUACUAAGACAGCACCUUUCCCUGGGUCACACCCGACAAAUCCCCCUCUCUGUCACUCAAAAGUACCAGUCAUUCCAAGUCCAACUGUAAUCAAUGACUGGGAACCUUGUGGUCGAAAGACUACCACUGUAGACUCAGAGGACUCGGAUGCAGAUGAAACAGACGAAGAGUGGGAGGAAGACGAGGAAGUCACCGAGGAUAACAUACACUGGACACAACCUCCAUUCACUGCUGGACAAUACAUCCCUCCCCCAACUGUUGCUGAAGCAGCUGCUGCACUGAGUGAUCUCAAGCUCCUCAUUCAACCAUGUCAGACAUCGGGCAUUGGACACAAAGACCCGAAACUCGAUCUUUUGCUGCGGAGCCGGCUCGAAAAGAUGCGGAUGUUCCUAUGGAACUACACAAAGCCUGUUGGUGCCUGCAGGUGGCAAGCCGCAUCACUGAUGACUGCAAAUGCAUAUGAAAAGUCUACAUGGUUAGCAGGUUGUCUUCGUCAAUGGACGAGAGCUUACAUAUUGGACCGGAAUGAUCUCCCAUUCAAUAUCUAUGGCACCUGGAACUCAUCCAUUCUUGAAGACGAGGAUUUUAAAGGAGAGUUACUCCUCCAUCUACAGGGGAUCGGAAAAUGUACUCGCUCGGCUAAAGCUCAAGAAGCCCAUUUCACUCGCAACAGCACAACGUUGGAUGAAACAUGUGGGAUACUGAUGGUCAAAGACACCGACGGGACAGCACCACCAAUGACCGCUCGACGCGUUGUUAUCUGGAAUCAUGAUGAGUCAACAUACUAUGCGAAUGACCGCCGGAAAAUUCGAUGGGUGCAUAAAUCAGAGACUGCUGUACCUUAUGCAAAGGGUGAGGGUGCCUUGUUAAUGGUUGCUGACAUGGUCAGCCCUGACUAUGGAUGGCUACAGUCACCUGAUGGCAAGCAGCAUGCUCGUGUACUGUUCAAGGCUGGUAAAGCUCGCGAUGGAUACUUCACGACACAAAACAUACUCGAUCAGGCCUCAAAUGCAAUGGAUAUCCUAUGUGAUCAUUUCCCGGAUGAAGAUCAUGUCAUGGUCUUUGACAAUGCGACCACUCACCUCAAGCGUGCCGACGAUGCAUUAUCCGCUCGCAAAAUGCCCAAGUACCCCCCGAAGCAUGGAAAGGACUGGGAUGGAAGUGACUGGGGUGCAGGUAGACAGCCAAAGAACUGGGGAGUAGAGGUGAAUGUAGUGGAUGAGAAUGGGAAGCCGGUCUAUUCACCUAGCGGAGAGAUAAAGAAGACGAGGGUCAGAAUGUGUGGUGCCACAUUUGCAGAUGGCUCUCCCCAGUCAUUGUACUACUCUGAAGGCCACGAACUUGCAGGUGUCUUCAAAGGGAUGGCUACCAUACUCCACGAAUGA